AUCGCCAGUCCACUGUGUCCCUCGGACAAAGCGGAUCACAGAAAGAGCCGAAGAUGUCGGCUCGGUCAUGUGAUCAGCUGUGUCCAAUCACAGCUGAUCACAUGGGACAUGUACACUGAUCAUCAGGGCACUGAUGAUCAGUGUGCCCUGAUGAUCAGUGUGGCCCCAGAAGUGCCACCUGUCAGUGCCCAUCAGUGCCAGUGCCCAUCAGUGCCAGUGCCCAUCAGUGCCACAUCAAUGCCACAUAUCAGUGCCCAUCUGAGCUGUCUUUCAAUGUCACCCAUCAGUGCCAGUCAGUGCCACCUAUCAAUGCCAAUCAGUGCCACCCAUCAGUGCUGCCAAUCAGUGUUGCCUAUCAGUGCCAGUCAGUGCCGCCUA